AUGGAUACUUCAACACAUAUGAUCAAUAUCGCGGGGGCAAUUGCUCUUACCUGUACAACUCUCAUGAUCGUUGUUUCUGUCAUCUACGUCGCAGGUGCCUCCCUGGGCUUUAUAUUUGGACGAUUCAUCCUACAAUACCUGCCACAGAUUGUUCCAGACACUCGCAAUAGACAGCCACAAGAUCAGGAUCAGAAUUCAUCUCAGCCUGUUCCAUUUAAUCACCGAUCCUUGCAAGACCGAAACGCCCGUAUUCUUGGAGCGACUUUCGCAUUUUGUUUCUUCUUUGCAGCUUUAAUGACAGAGUCUUAUCUGGAAGGACUCAAGGACGUUAACGGGGAAGCCGAUGGCUGGGAUAUUUGGCGUGCCAAUGGAGUCCUCAUUCGUGCUUGCGUGGAAGGUCUUUUGGUACUGGCUAUUCUUCGUGGGGCUGGUUGUAUUGGACAGAGAAUCCGAAACUUCCUUUGA